AGACGCGCGUUCUGUGCUAUCGUGGAUUUGCGACCAUAAAAGUCCUGCCAUGGCGCUUUCCACUCAGACCGGAUAUCUUCGAACCGAUUCCUAGCAAGUGACAAUAUGCGACUAUUGAUUCAAUCAAAUAACCGCUGGAGCUUUGAACUCACUUCGACCAAGCACCAUACACUCGACUGUUCAAUACCACAUCGAGAAUCUAUACAGAAUACACUCGCUUCGCCCAUUUCUGAAACGGGGUCAACCACUCGCUCAUCUAACAGCAAGGGCUCUAUAAUUUCUUCAGUUGCAGUACCGAACGCCAGUGAGCAGAAGAUUGAGACUGACUGUCAUUUUGCUCUUUCACGUCGUGAAAGCAUACGAAAGCGUCUCAGCCGGCUGUUCGUACAUUUUAGACGAGCACCAUCAGCACCUUCGCAGGAAAUAUUCGAGUAUCGAUAUAGGGUAGACGCCUCAGAAUUGCCUGCUGGGGGAACUCCCAUCACAGGCUCAGCCCCAUUAGAAGAGAUGCCGGCUUCGUUUCCCCAGUCCUCACUUAUCGACGGAGAGACGUUUGAGCUGGAACAACCGCAACCAUACACUUCGACAGGUCAGUUCUGCGCGAUGAUCGAGCCCUACAACGAGUGUCUGCUCAGCUCUCGUCAGGGCUGCGGCAAGCAAGAGUUCGCUGGCGAUCUUACUAUGUACCAAGCUCCUCUCCAAGUCGCGACCCCCAAAAGUCUUCCGCGCCUCGCAGUACCUGGAUCGAUGCAAAACGUACCCGCCAUGACAUAUGAUCAAUCUCCACACUCUGCAUCUACGAUAUCUCCAAAUACACCACUGGGUCGCUUCGGCAAUAGGACCCAGCCACACUGGAUUUUGCAGUCUGGUCCGCCACUAGUCUCCCCUUGCGAUACAGCAAGUACGUUACCGUGGUAUCACCCUCAGCCUCAGCAUUACCAGAUGCAGCGUAGCUUUGAGUCGCCUUUGACUCCCAGUUCUACCAAUUCCUCCAAUUCUGCAACUCUGUCUGCUCAACCGCAGUCAGCCUCUGCAACAUUCGGUGCAUGGCCGCAGCCUGGACCCGAGUAUCUGCGAACAGCUUUUCCACAGCGAUACCAGCCAAUCAAUCACGAAUCGAACACGCAUUCCGCACCGAGCUACCAACCAUGUACUUGGGCGACGAACGCUCAAUGCUGCCACCAUGAUUUGCAUACAGGUCACCAAACUCAGGCUCUGUCAUCAGAAAGAAACACGCAUUUAUCACCGCAAUAUGUUCCACCGCCUCGCGAGAUCCAAGGCAGGAAGCAAUCGCCAGCAUACAACGAGUCGCAAUUCCUACCAGCCAUUCACAUGCACGACACAACCGCCAGUUUUUGUCACACGAUCGAAGGAGUGCCGCCACCUGCCUACAGUCCACUAGCUGCGAGCCCUGCUCAGUAUUCAUCAGCUAUCUGCGAGCACUGCAACAAGAUUUUCACAGGCAAAUAUGGGAAAGGUAACUUGACGAGGCACAUGCGGCAGAUCCAUGAGUCACUCAUGGGCGGAGCGAUACAUCCGUGCAGGUUUUGUAUGAAGGCGUACAACCGUGCCGAUGCGUUGAGGAAACACAGUUGGAAGAAGCAUCGAGAUGAAGACUCAAGGCCGAACAAGCGGCGAAGGUCAUAAAGAGGUAGUUAUGUUUCGCAUCUGUUUCCGUUUCGCGUG